AUGGAGGAAGAAAAUAACGGAGUGCUCCCUUUCCUCGACGUCCAGGUAUCGAGGCAGGAAGACGGAACCCUCCAGACUGGUGUCUUUCGAAAGGCGACAGACACGGAGAAAAUUCUUCAUUACAACAGCAAUCACCCCCUGUCGCAUAGACGCAGUUGUGUCCGGACCCUUUUUCGCCGCAUCCACACACACUGCGGCACAGAAGCCGAGAAGCUGCGGGAACGUAAAACCCUAUGGCGCCUCUUCCUUGCCAAUGGAUAUCCACGCAGUUUUGUGAACAAAUGCUUGUACCGAAGGCACACGAAGACGGACGGUGAGAAGAAACAAAGACCAGAAAUCUUCCGUGUCUUGCCCUACGUGAGUAACGUCUCCGAAGCCUCUGAGCGCAUGCUAAGGCCGCUAGGCGUGGGCAUUGGUCACCGACCGGAGGCCACCAUCCGCCGCUUAAGCAUGCAGCCCAAGGACCGGCUACCACCUGCAGACACGUCAGGCGUCAUUUACCGCGUCAAAUGUCUGGACUGUCCAGCCAAUUACUGUGGCAUGACCGACAAACGCCUAAGAACGCGCAAGCAUGAGCACACUUUGGCCGUAAGGCGAAAGGACGUACUACCGCAUGUCGCCAUGCACUGUCUGGAAAACAAUCACAAGUUCGACUUUGACGGCGCCCAGGUGCUCGGCCGAGCCGAAAGCAAACUGGCGAGGGAAGUGAUCGAGGCCUGUAAAUCAGACACGAAUUCUAUCAACCGAAGUAUCGAUUUGCCAGCGCCAUACGAGGCCGUCAGGCACCAUCUACGCGCGAGAGGGGGGCCAACGAGAAGCCAACGGGACGAACCUAUCGGGUGA